GAAGUUGUAGUCAUGCACUGGACAUGUACAAAGAUCACAGCAUCGGCGGCAAUCCCUGAUGCCACUCUUCUAGAAAUGUUACUUGAUAAGCUGAAAAUAUGCAAGGGGAUCUCUUAUGCUGCAGUUGCUGCUCAUGCGGAUAAGAAUGGUCGUCGAAAGUUAGCUGCCAUGCUUGUUGAGCAUGAGCCACGUUCAUCUAAGCAGGUUCCUCUAUUGCUAAGCAUUGGAGAAGAAGAUACUGCUCUGAUGAAGGCUACUGAAAGUGGUGAUACUGAUCUGGUUUAUCUUGUCCUCUUCCAUAUCUGGCAGAAGAGACCAGCUUUGGAGUUCUUCGGGACAAUACAGGCCAGACCUCUAGCUCGUGAUUUGUUUGUUAAUUAUGCACAGUAUGGAAACUUUUAA